CUUUUGGUACUUUUCUUUGAUUGGGUCACCCGGCUGGGUCCUUUGUGGGAGGACGAUAUUUCUGUUUAUAGGAUGUGUUGGUGCGGUAAUUUUUUCCCGCUCGGGGCCAGCGAGAGCGGUGGGUGCGCAGGAGCGGCCGGCCUACGGGGACGUGACCGGCCCUUAGGACCCAGCGCGUGCCCUUUGUUCCCCGCGGGCCGAGCCGGGCCGGGCGGGGGCGCCGAGGGCGGGGCGUCCACUCCGAGGGGUGGGGCCGCGCGCGCGCCGCCGGGAGGCAGGGUCCCCCUCUCCCCCACCCCUCCCGCACCCCGGCCUCGCGCCCCCGCGCGCGCACACUCGCGAGUCCAGGCGGCAUGCAAAUGAGCCCGGCUCCAGUGCCCAGACCCAAGCCCCCCACUGCUCAAUGGACACCCCCAGCCCAGACCCGUGGCCUUCGCCUUUGCCUGAGGAAGAAGAGAAACCUCUGGCCUUACCUCCUCCUGUUCCCCGGGGCCGCCGAGGCCGAAGUCUUGGGGGGGCCACCUCCUCCCACCGGACGCUCAAGGCCUCCCUCCCGCGCAAGCGGGGCCGCCCCGCCAAGUCAGAGCAGGAGCCCCCCCUGGCACAGGGGGUGAGCGCCCCGGUGGGCAGUGGCGAUAGCAGUGACCUCCUGCUGAUCGACGAUCAGGGUGUGCCCUACACGGUCUCCGAAGGGUCAGUGGCCAGCGGGCCCGAUAGCUCCGGCCCCGGCCCUAAGAAGGCCCCGCACUUCUGCCCGGUGUGCCUUCGGGCCUUCCCCUACCUCUCCGACCUGGAGCGUCACAGCAUCUCACACUCAGAGCUGAAGCCGCACGAGUGCAAGGAUUGCGGCAAGACCUUCAAGCGGUCCAGCCACCUGCGGCGGCACUGCAACAUCCAUGCGGGCCUGCGGCCCUUCCGCUGCCCGCUCUGCCCGCGCCGUUUCCGAGAGGCGGGCGAGCUGGCCCACCACCACCGCGUCCACUCCGGCGAGCGCCCCUACCAGUGCCCGGUGUGCCGGCUGCGCUUCAUGGAGACCAACACGCUCCGGCGCCACGCCAAACGCAAGCACCCCGAGGCCAUGGAGGCACCUCUGUGUCCUCCGGACCCAGAGCCUGAAGCGCAGUGGGACGACGACGGUAUCCCGGCCACGGCAGGGGCCGAUGACGACGAGGAAGAGCUGGAGGGGAAGGAGCUGGCCUGACCCACACCCCCGGCCACAGCUCCCUGGGCCACGUUUAGAGCUGGGCGUGCCGCGGGUGCGGGGCCUGGGCAGCGAGGCCGGGACACCUUGUCUGGUGGUCUUCCCGUUGUGGGAGUGGGCUGAGGGUGCAGACCUCAACUUCUGGACCCUGCUGCCUUCUACCACCCUCCCCCGGACUGACAGGCCUGUGGAGGCAGGGACUGUGGAAAUAAAUCUCUGCCUACUGCCCA